AUGCGGCGCCAGAGAGAAACGCCCCAGGAAAGCGGUGCGGAAGACGAGCCAGCUGCGCGCAGUACGGAAGUUACCGCGUCAGGUGAGGCGGUUAUCGCGGCACGUCUCUUGCAAAGGCGUCGCGCGCUGCUGCAGCGCCGAAUGAGGCGCUUGUCCGCACGCAUAGUGGCCCUUCUCGCCGGGUACUUUGACGCGGACUCGCUGGACCGGCUGUCAGAGACGCAGCUGCGAGGUGCACGUCUCUGGUACGAUCUCGGCCGUCGGCUAGCGGGCUUACUGGGGCAGGCCUUUCCCAGCUGGCUAGGGGCCUCGUCGACAGCAGCAGGCGCUUCAGUGCUCGUUGCGCCUGGUUUCCAACUCCAUACGCUUUACGAGGGAGCGCAGGCUCCAGGCGCUCUCGUCCAGCAAAGCGUUUUUACGACGCGUGCUGCAACGGGAGCCAGCGCCAGCGAAGCCGGCUCUCGUAGUGGACCAGAGGCCGCAGCCCCUGAGGCGGCUACGCUACUCGGAACGGAUCCAAGCGAAACGCAUACAGCUUGGACGGCGGCUACUGCAGACUCGCAGCGAGCCAGUCGGGCUGGCACCGACGCUGUCGUCGUCGCCCGCGCGACGCAAACUGAUACCCCAGUCGCCGCACCGGAUCGAACUGGCCUGGUGGACCCAGUUCCGGACACAGAUGCCCGUAAAUGGGAGUAUCCGGCCGUAGAGCGAGGACGCCGCCCCGAGUGGCUAGUGGAACUCCAUCGUACACAAGCACGAACCGUUGCAACGCAAACAGAGGACGUUGGCGUUUUUGCCUCAAUCUGGACGAAUGUAGCGAUGGAUCGCAACUGGGAAAGCGCUCAGCUGCAGCUCCCAUCAGCCUACGAUCCACAGUGGGCAGUCAGACCUGCUUCGCAGCGAGUCGACGCGCUGGCAACGACCCCGCUCUGGGCCUACGCCUCGUACCGAGUCGAACAGGAUCCGGGAUCGAGCGCUCCGCUCAUCCCGCGUACUGGUGCCCCUGCCGCGUUGCAGACUGUGCUAGUCAGCCUCGAUCAAACGAGACAAGCAGGAAAUCGCACUCAGCAAGAGCAAGCCAGCCCGCUGAAUAACCUAAUGGCGAACGCGGCUCCAGUUCUGGUAACCCAAACCUUGGCAGCAUAA